GAAGUAAACAAAUCCACGUUGUCUGAAAAUGGUGAAAACCAUUGCAACACAGCUUGAAGAUCUAGAAGUAAAGAUCAGAGACUGUGAUUCAAGGCUACAGAACAUCAGUGAUAUUCUACGACUAGAGGAACUCUCUGAAUUUAAAAGACAGUCAUUACAUGAGGAAGAGAAACAAAUUAAAAAGAAACUCUCUAUGUUUGAGGCUGAAUUAAAAGACCUGCGUAAAGAGAACAGAAGGACAAUGUUAGUAUCAGUUUGCCUGGUGGGAAUGAUGUAUCUAGCAUACUGUUUAUUGUGGCAAACAUAGCCUAAUAUUGUGUAAAUUUGUCUUUCAUUCAUUUUAUUAAACUAUGCAAAAUAAUAUAUAGUACAAUAAUGGGUUUCAAGGACAUUAAUUUAUUUAAAGUUGAUAUGAAAUCAUAACUGAUCAUGAAUGAUGGUCUAGAGUAGAUGCACUUCUUAGUUAAAAAAAACUAAUUUUCUAUCUACAUGUAAAUUUAAAAAGAUGCUAGAGAAAAAUUUGCUUAAACAUGUACUUACAUGUAUGUUAUACAAGGUUCACAAAUCUUAAGUAAGCUAAAGGUUCCAUUUACAGCAUAUUUCAUCAUAAAUUACUAGUGUAUGUAUUUGAACUAUGCAAUAUCAAUUAAAUGUUUUGUUUUUAUAGUAA